AUGCAAUCAUACAGCAAUAAUUCAGAUUAUGAUCAAAGGAGAUCAAAUACACAGAGAGAAUACGCGCAAGAGUUUAAGGAUUCGAAUAAGCGCUAUAGUCGAACAGGGACAGAUUAUUCUAGUGCUGAUGCGCAUCUGAAACCGGACAGGGACGGUUCUAUAGACCUAAAUGGAUAUCAACGUUCACCACUUAUCCAUGAACAACAUUACGAAGCCGAAGGUGUCGAAAAUUCAUUGGAUACCCGUGAAAAGGAAAGUUUAGAGAUGAAUGAUCAAGCCAACCCUAAACCGAUUCCGGGUCGACCCAACAUGUAUGAUGACUUCAAUAAUAAUUACCAAGGUUACAGUAGUUUGACAAAAUAUGAUACUGUAUUGGAACCAGUAGAUAUUUAUGAGUCUGACUAUACUGAUCGUGAUUUCCCAGGUGGAGGAAAAAAUGCUCGUCAAUCAAUAGCUGGCGAGAACCUAGUAAUAGUUAAAGACCAAGAAUCUCGUUGUUGCUGUUGUUCCAGAAAAAUCUGUAUUAUCAUUACCUUCAUCAUUUUGGUUAUUAUUGCGAUUGUUUUGUAUUUUGUCUGGCCGCGUAUCCCGUCAGUGUCAAUUGACGGCAAUCAAACUCUAUCAUCGCCAAACACAAAUCCAAUUAUCAGGCAACAGCCGCCAUUAGUAGAUCUGAUAAUCAACGUUCAGGUUUUAAUUGACAAUAGGGAAAAUUGGGUGCCAUACAAGUUCAACCAUAUUGACGUGCAGGUUUUCGAUACGGCCUCUUCAUCCACGUUUAACGAUCCCAUUGCCACUGGUAAUGUUACUAGUUACGUCCUUCAACCUCGUGCAGUGUCAACACUCGUGGUCCCGAUACACGUUUUAUAUCAAACCACAAAAGGAAAUGACCCAACUUUUCAAGACCUUCUUGGCGCUUGCAUUAAGAGCUCCGGCGCACAGAAAUUUUUGAACCUUAAAGUUAAUCUUAAAUUAUAUAUCGCGGGUAUAGAUUGGAUAUAUAAACCAGAAUUCUCAAUUUCUGUUUCCGACUUCAAAUGCCCAUACUCUCUAUAA